AUAACAAAAGAAGAAGAAGAAAAAAGGGCUGUUGCUUAUUGAAUCUUUUUGUACAUUUUUUGCAAUCAACAACAUCUUGGAAAAACUUUGAAAGUCCAUUCUUUAAUCCCCUCCCAAUCAAAACAGGUUUUCCAUACUAUUCUUCUUUCAUAUAUCACAUUAUAUAUCCUAUUGAAUAAUGUCUACUGCUGUUUACUAUUCAACCCACAAUAUUCCCGUUGAAGACUUGCCAUCAAAACAACAUACCUUACCUUCAUUAUCCCAAAUCAUGCCUCCAGUUCAAGGUCAACCUCAAUCCGGUCCUGGUCAGUAUACUCAUGAAAACACCAACUCUCCAAAUCCAAACAAUGGAUCUCCAAGUUUGAACUAUAAUUCAGGCUACCAACAACAAAACCAUCCUCAAUUACCACCCCAACCUACCCCAGAUUCAUAUUCCCAAGGAUCUUCUUCCACCAACCAAUCAACUCCUGCUUCUUCUACUUACAGCUACCCACAAUCCCAACAACCAACUGAUGGUAACAUGAUAGGUGCUAUUCCUCGUGACAAAUGUAUCUGUAAGUCAAAUGCCAAUAGAAUUCCAAGACCAAGAAAUGCAUUCAUUUUGUUCAGACAAAAGUAUCACCAAACUGUCUUGGAUGAAGGUAGUGUUAUUCGUACUAAUCCUGAAGUUUCUCGUGAAUUAGGUAGAAGAUGGAGAGCGUUGUCACCAGAAGAAAAGGAACACUGGAAUAAUUUGGCUGAAGAAGAAAAGAAAAACCAUGCUGCUAAAUAUCCAGGUUACAGAUACACUCCAAGAAGAAAUGGUAAGAACAAGAACUGUAUUGUUUGUCGUGAAAAGGCUUUGAGACAACAACAACAGCAACAAGCUCAACAAGUUAAGCAAGCUCAAUUGGUCCAAAUGCAAAAUCAACAAAUUAUCCAAAUGCACCAAGACCAAUACCAACAAUAUAUGCAUUUACAACAACAACAACAAAUGCAACAAGCUCAAUCCCAACAAGUACCAUUGAAUGGUUACCACCAACAAUCUUACAUUAUAUCAUCCAACCCAUACCAACCAGGGUUAAUGAGCACUUCUAGUUCUACUGCCUUACCACUCCCUCAACAAACUGGUCAAAUUCCCCAAAAUCAACCUCCUCCUCCACCAACUCAUUCAGUUUCCAGUAAUGGUCAAUUACAAUACUAUGAUUCUGAAAAGUUGUCACCAUUGUCCGCCCAAGCACAACAAAAUGGUGGUCAACCACAAUCUCAAAACCCACCUCUGAUAGGAUCUAACGGUGGAAACUAUUCUACGCUUCCACCAGCUACUUCCCAAUCAGCUAAUGGUAUUUUACAACAUCCUGCUGGAUCAGGUAAUGAAUAUAUUCCCGGUUAUGAACAACAAAGAUAUGUUCAAACUCAUCAUCAUCAACCAGGAGGAGCACCAACUGGUAACGGUCCAGCCUAUCCAUUUGAUGCUUUUGCUAUUCAACAACCUCCACAAUAAAGGAGCUUUCCAUUCUUUUUUUGGUUGUAUUUUUUUUUGGUUGUCAAAACAGUAACUUUCUACAGUUUUUUACUUUUACAUUCUUACAAUUCACAAACAUAUACAUGAAUGUUGUUUCUAUAUAAAUUUGCCUUUUCCAUUCAGUUGUUUUCUUUUUUAGUUUUAUAUUAAUUUUUAACUAGUUGUUGUAUAAUACAUUUUUUUGUUUAUUUCUACAAUAAAUGUAAAAGUAUGUU